GCAGCUGUUUAAUUUGGCAGGGUGGCAACGCUAUUGCAUAUUCAUAAGUUUUUUUCCUUCAACCAAUAAGAAAAUCUUUGAAAUGACGAAUUUUAAAUGAAAACAGCGACCAAAGAGUACGCAACGUGAUGUCGGGGACAAAAUAACCAACUCCAAAAUAAAGUGCAAUUAAAUUACAUAGUUUUAUAUAAUUGAAUCUGGCUGGCGAGCCGGAGAAACGAUUCGCCACCGCCAGCAUUGUUCUAAAUGCUGAACAAUUUAUUACUCAUUUAAGCAAAGAAGUAUUUGUGUGCCUAGUUAGUUAAUUAAUCAACGCCGAAAGAUGAAGUUCACGUACUUGUUCGUGCUCAUUUGGCUGGCCUUCCUCAUUAGCAGCGGUGUUUUGCUUUUCUCGCGGGGAUUCCUAUUGGCCCGGGUGUCCAAAACGGAGACGAGCACCUGCCGCCGGUUGUCCACGAAUCCUAAUGCCGAGUAUGUCCUCACCGAUGAGGUAGUGAACGAAAUCUUUAAGGAUAUCAAUGCCUCCUCCAAUCUGUGUCUUCCGCAAAAGUCAAAGGUGAUUGUCCUAGUCGUGGAUGCCUUGAAAUACGAGUUUGGAUUGUACAAGGAGAACGCCGAUGACCCUCUGCCCUACGAAAACAAGUUGUUGGUAUUGCAAGAGCUGCUGCAGCAAAGUCCUGAUCAUGCCCGCCUGAUGAGAUUCCGUGCUGAUCCGCCCACCACAACGUUGCAGCGCCUGAAAGGACUUACCACCGGCAGUCUACCCACUUUCAUAGACAUUGGGUCAAAUUUUGCUUCGCCGGAAAUCAACGAGGACAAUGUAAUCGAUCAAAUAGUCAAAAGCGAUUUGCCGGUGGUUUUCCUGGGUGAUAGCACCUGGACGGAUCUAUAUCCGCGUCGCUUUAAGAGAUCCUACUCUUUUCCUAGCUUCGAUAUUUUCGAUCUGGACAGCGUGGAUAAUCAGAUAUUAAAGCAUUUACCGAAAGAGCUGGCUAGUGAUGAUUGGCAGGUGCUAGUGGCCCACUUCCUGGGAGUAGAUCACUGUGGACACAAACAUGGACCCCUGCAUGAAGAAAUGGCGCGCAAGCUGAGCGAGAUGAACGAGGUGAUAAGAUCUGUGGUUGCCGGCAUGGACAACGACACCACUCUUUUUGUGAUGGGCGAUCAUGGGAUGACCGCAUCUGGGGAUCAUGGAGGCGACACUGAUGACGAAACUAAUGCUCUGCUGUUUGCCUAUUCCAAGAAGCACCGAUUUUAUGGCAAUGAAUCGGGCUCAGAUAGCGAAAUGCUGCAGCAGAUUGAUCUGGUCCCCACACUGGCGACCAUACUUGGCGUCCCAAUACCCUACUCCAAUUUGGGCCUGGUCAACUUUAACAUUGUGCCUGACCUGCAAGUGCCACAUUUAAGCAAGUUCCAGACUCUGCUGCUCCAUUCCUGGCAGAAUGCCCAGCAGAUCUAUCAGUACUUUUUCCAAUACGCUUUGGAAAACAAGCGCACCUUUAAUGUGGAGCAAAUGGACCAAUUGGAGACUGAGUUUAUACUGCUAACCCACCGAGUGCAAAACAUCUAUAACGAGGUUGCUUACAAGUCCUUUAUAAGGGAUUUGAAUAUACAUCUGCGAGAUAUCCUCGGGACCUGUCGAGAGAUUUGGAUUCGAUUCGAUCCCACGCAGAUGUCACAGGGACUGCUUUUUAGCUUCCUGCCAUUGUUCUUUAUCUUUCUGCUGGUGAACAACUCUCGUCCGGCAGACUAUGCGCACAUAUUUAAAGGCAAGGAGGUCUUCUACACAUAUUUAAUCAACUUGGCCGCUGGAGUGUUUGGAUACCGAUACUUCAAGACAUUUUAUUUUAAGACCGAAGAGCAUGGAGUUAUCUUCUUCACGGCCUUAUCUAGUGCUCUUAUCCUGGCUUUCCAUACGCUGCGUCAUUGGACUAAGAUUGCUACAAAUUGGUCAGAGGUCAAACGGUUUGCCCACAUGCCGACGCGACUGCUUCUUUUCGCCUCUGUGGGUGUGUUCUUCUCGAAUAGCUUCGUCAUCCAGGAAGCAAAGAUCUUGUCGUAUCUUUUGGCGGCAUCGAUACUUCUGCUCUCCUAUGAACUCCUACGACUAAGUGCCCGCUUGGAGUUCAGGACAAAGUUCAAAAUCUCCCAAUUCCUGCGCUCCACAGCCUUAAGACUAAUCCUGGCCAGCAUUUUGGCGAUUUGCUUGAUACGCUUUACCUACACACUAUUUCGUUGUCGCGAGGAGCAAGGAAAUUGUACGGACUUUGCCAAUAGCGGUGGAGCAGGAUUCUCAAUCAAGAAGCCCGGAACGGGCAAAACCUACAUCCUCGCUGUAGUGGUUCUCGUAGUGUACACUACCCUGACUCGAUUGUAUUUGCGAUCCUGCGGUAAUCUGACUGGUAACUCACCUAACGUAUUGCUGGCUCGCUAUGGACCCACGGUUGCCUCAAUCUGCGCAGGCGGUCAUGUGCUGCUCGCUAAUAGCUCCAUCAAGAACAUCCAGCGCACCCAUAUCGAUGCCAUGGCUCUGGUUAUCUACGGACUGCUAUUGUUGCAAAUCAUAGUUGUGACCUGGGCUCCGCUGAUGACUUUUGUGCUUCCUCCAAGGAGUUCACAUACAGUAACCAUCAACGGAAGCGAAAGCAUUGUGCCGGAAAUCUUCAAAAAGAUGAAGCGCAUGUACGAGGGCGAUGACGACGAGAGACGUAAUCAGAUUCCGGUGGUUUAUGGAUUGGCAACCGUUUACUCGUCCAUCGUCAUAGCUUUUGGAGUCUUCCUUGCAUUGGUGAUGAUUGUUAUUCUAGAGCCACGUGCUUCUAUCGGUAUGGUGGUUUGUGUUGCAGUGGGAUCUAUCCUGCUUAGUGUCCACGGUAUAUUGCGUUAUCGAACUGCCACGAGUUUUGAGAGCUGUGUGCAGCCUACAUUUACGGCCCUGGUUGGCUGGUUCCUGCUGGCUCAUUUCUGCUUUUUUGCCACCUCGCAUCAAACGACCUUGUCGCAGAUUGAGUGGCGUGCUGCCUUCGUCGGUCGAACUACAGGCAUUGGACAGUCAAACUUUAUAUCUGGCAUCCUGGUCAUCUUGAACACCUUUUGUGGUCCAAUAUUCUUCUUCUGCAUGUACUCCCUUCUUAGUACAGAGACUUUUUCACUGUUCGCAUUGUUUCCCAACCUCAUCCGAAGCUGCAGGAAUAGUAGUGGCAAAACGGAUGCCACAACAUCGAUAACAGAUUUGGCCAAUGAGGCGGUUGGCUUUGAUAUGACAAGGGGCGAAUUAACUUUGUACGAGUACGAGGAUGUGUUUUUGGGAACUGGUUUCAAGCUGGCAACGCAAUUUUUCAUGCUGCAGGGACUGAAGGUUUUCUGUGCCAUGAUGGCCUGCACUAUUCAUUGCCGCCACCUGAUGGUGUGGAAGAUCUUUGCGCCACGCUUCAUCUACGAGGCCCUUGCUACUUUCGUCAGCCUGCCUGCCCUGAUAGUUGGUUAUCUUUUGGUCCUCCGCAUCCAUCGUGCUGUGGAUACACUCAUUAAGCGCAUCAACAAGGAAAAGGUCCACUAGUCUCAGCCCAAAAUACAACUAUUUAUUUAGGCCUUAAUAAAACACAAGAAUUAAGAAAGUUAAAA